AUGCGUUUGUCGUGGUGUUUAGUUCGUUCCAUAUCGGAAGCGACAAUUAUAGCGGACUACUACGAGGACCUCUUUACUGCGGUACAGGAACCAAGAAGAAGGAGCAUAGUAGAACAGACACUUUCACCAUCAACGGUUGAAAUUAAAGAGGCUCUUUUCUCUAUUCACCCGGACAAGGCUCCGGGACCGGAUGGUUUCUCCGCUUACUUCUUCCAAACGCACUGGGACGUGGUAGAAGAGGCAAUAGUGAAAGAGGUGGGAUCCUUUUUCUCUUCUGGAAUCCUCCCUGCAUCAAUAAAUAACACACAUGUGAGGCUGAUCCCCAAGAUAACGAGCCCCAAAGGAGUGUCGGACUACAAACCUAUAGCCCUGUGUAAUGUGUAUUACAAGAUAAUCUCUAAGGUACUUACUAGGAGACUCCAACCACUACUGGAUGGCAUUAUAGCAGAGAACCAGUCAGCGUUUGUUCCAGGUCGAGCUAUCUCGGAUAAUGUCAUGAUAACACAUGAAGUCCUACACUUCCUAAAGAUCUCAGGAGCAAAAAAGCACUGCUCAAUGGCGGUAAAAACCGACAUGAGCAAAGCAUACGAUAGGGUGGAAUGGGAUUUCCUCUACACAGUCCAACAAAGAAUGGGUUUCCACCCGAGAUGGAUAAACUGGAUUCACCAAUGCGUCUCUACAGUGAACUAUUCCUACCUUGUGAAUGAUAACGCCCACGGAGCAAUAAGCCCAGGAAGAGGAAUCCGACAGGGAGACCCCCUCUCACCAUAUCUUUUCAUCCUAUGCGGAGAGGUCCUUUCAGGACUAUGCAGAAAAGCUCAGUUAAAUGGGAGCUUACCAGGGAUCAAGGUUGCAAGAAGAAGCCCUCCCGUGAACCACCUCCUUUUUGCAGACGAUACGAUGUUUUUCUGCAAAGCAAGCAAGAAAAAUUGUAAAACCCUGGUGAGCAUUCUGAAAAACUAUGAAAUAGCAUCAGGACAAAAGAUCAAUGUGGAGAAAUCUUCAAUCACUUUCGCAAACAAGACCAAUGGAGAAAUAAAGGCAAUGGCAGCAGAGAUCCUGGGAAUCUCAAAAACGGGAGGACAAGGGAAAUACCUGGGACUUCCAGAACACUUCGGGAGACGGAAGAAAGACCUUUUCUCCAUUAUAGUGGAUAGAAUCAGGAAUAAAUCCGUCAGCUGGUCUACAAAGUUUCUCUCCGGAGCCGGAAAAAUGACGAUGCUGAAGUCAGUCCUAUCCGCUAUGCCUACGUACACGAUGUCAUGUUUUAAACUCCCACAAAGUCUCUGCAAAAGAAUCCAAUCUGCGAUGACACGGUUCUGGUGGGAUGAUAACAAGGGUAAUAAAAAGAUUUGUUGGGUUGCUUAUAAACUCACAAAAUCUAAAAGGGAUGGAGGCUUGGGAUUCAGGGACAUCCAAGCUUUUAAUGACGCUCUCUUGGCAAAGCUCAGCUGGAGAAUCCUGAUGAACCCCCAAUGUUUAUUAGCAAGAAUCCUGCUGAGGAAAUACUGCAAACACAAUACCUUUUUAGAGGUGAAGGGCAAACAAACGGCAUCACAUGGAUGGCAAAGUAUCCUUAUAGGCAGAGACUUGCUAAAGACAAACUUGGGAAGAGCUAUUGGAAACGGCGAGGACAUAAACAUCUGGAGAGAACCAUGGAUGUCCCUCGAGAAACCCCUGGCUCCUAUAGGACCUGCGCAUCAAAACACGGAAAAUCUCACAGUGUCCGAGCUAUGGAACAAGCAAUCAAGAAGCUGGAAUAAGGAAAGGAUUCGUGCUCUCUUACCCCAAUGGGAAUCUGAGAUUCUUCUCCUCAAACCAAGCUGCAUGCGAACACAGGACAAACUCAUCUGGCUUCAGAACCCCUCUGGUGAGUAUACAACAAAAUCGGGAUACCACCAAGCCAUCUCCCUGCAACACCAACAGGAAAACAUCCUCGUCAAUACAUCAAUAAACUGGAAUGUAGAUGUUUGGAACAGCAAGGCUUCGCCAAAACUGAAAAUGUUUCUCUGGAAACUUACAAAUGGGGCCUUAGCUAUCGGCGUAAACCUUCUAGGACGAGGCAUCCAAGCAAAUGUGACAUGUAUCCGGUGUGGCGAGCUGGAGACAAAGGAGCAUCUGCUCUUUCACUGUGAUUUUGCGAAACAAACGUGGAAGAUGAUACCGGUGACGACUACGGUGGACCAUCUUGAAACACAAAGCUUCGCCUUAUCGUUAAAAGAGGCUCGAGACUGGAUCUGUCUCCCUCCAAUAGGCUUAGCAAAGGGAACCAUCUUUGCAUGGGUUUGUUGGGGCCUUUGGCUGGCACGGAAUCAUAAGAUCUUUGAAAAUCGAUCGUUCUCUCCUCUUGAUACAGCAACAAAGGCUUUAGCCGAUGCCCGGGAAUGGCAGGCGGCACAACCACAAGGAAAGGAGCGGCAAAACCGGAGAGCAACGCACGGACCACCACGACAACACAAUCAUCAAAUCACGGCCUUCGUGGAUGCGGUGUGGCGCCAGGACAACCAAACGGCGGGCUUCGGAUGGGUCAUCAUAAACGCCAACGAGACGGAGAUCUCGAGGGGACACAAGGCCGAACCUUUUGUCCGAUCACCACUCGCGGCGGAAGCUCUAGCGCUCCGAGAAGCCCUUCUUUACGCCAAAGUACACGAUUUGAACAACCUAUGCUUCAAAUCAGACUCCCAAACGCUCAUUAGAGCAAUCCUAAAUCGAGAUCAGGUAGCUGAGAUCUAUGGAAUCCUUCAGGACAUCCAUCAAUUAGCUUCCACCUUCGAAUCGAUUUUGUUCUCCUUUACGCCGAGAUCGAGCAACCUUGUAGCCGAUUCUCUCGCGAAAUUUGCUUUGUCGCACUUUGUUUUGAACGCCCUUUGA